GAGACAGUGUCUUAAAUCUGUACAGUCUGCUUAUGAACAGCCACUAUCAGCAUGUGAAUCAGAUGGUGGUCGCAGUUGUUAUUUGAGCAGGGCCAAUUUAAGACCACUGAUGAGGAUUAUGAAUUGAUCAAAAUCACGUGGGCUGCGAGGGAGCUGAUGAGAAAAAAACAUGGAGCAAAAGAGUGCUGCUGAUAAAACAGACGAGGCGUCUCGAGAGAUGGCUGCCUCUGUUCAGGCUGCAGUUCAGCAUUUCCAACCCAGCUGCACGGCUCAGAGUGGAGGCACCGUGGUCGCCCCCGUGAUCAUUGGUUCUAGCAUUACCACCAUGAACAUCAACAUCUCAACGAACCAAGAAGUAACAUUGAACCAUGACACAGCAGACAGUGAUGCUCUGCAGCUCCUAAACGAUAAGAUUGCAAAAUGUCGAGAGAAAGUGAAAUCUACUCUGACGGGGAAGUUCGGCCUCAUGCUCGAGGGGAUGACCACAAACAAGAUACCCCUCAAUAAGAUGUACACAGAGCUGUACAUCACCAAGGGACGAAGUGGUGAAGUCAAUAUGGAGCAUGAGGUGAGACAGAUUGAGAUGGCAUCCAGGAGACGUGUGGCACAAGAUAAAUCAAUCGUCUGCAAUAAACUCUUUGCUCCUCAACCGGGGCGAGACCACCCCAUUAGAACCGUGAUCACACAGGGAGUCGCUGGCAUCGGAAAAACGGUAUCUGCCAAUAAAUUCGUUCUAGACUGGGCUGAGGGGAAAGAAAACGCCGACCUGGCGUUCGUAUUUCCUCUCUCUUUCCGAGAGUUGAAUCUGAUGAGAAAGAAAACCUUCAGUCUGGUGGAGCUUCUCGGUGUCUUUUUCCCUGAAACGAAAGACACAGGAAUCUUCGCCAAUGGUGAACACAAAAUGCUCUUCAUCCUGGAUGGUCUGGACGAGAGCCGCCUGUCUUUGGACUUCCACAAAAGUGAAAUAAUGUCCGAUGUGUCGCAGACGACCACGAUUGCGGUGCUUCUGAUCAACCUCAUCAGGGGAAGACUGCUUCCUUUGGCCCUUGUCUGGAUAACAUCUCGCCCCGUGGCCUCCCGUCAGAUCCCUCUGGAGUACGUUGAUCUAGUGACCGAGGUGCGGGGGUUCAACAACCCCCAGAAAGACGAGUACUUCCGUAAGAAAAUCAGUGACGAGAGCCUAGCAAACAGGGUGAUCGCGCAUGUGAAAUCCUGCAGGAGUCUUCACAUCAUGUGCCACAUUCCGGUCUUCUGCUGGAUGGCGGCACGUGUUCUUGAGAAGAGGUUGCUGGCGACGGCAGACAGUAAAGACACGCCGAAGACUCUCACUCAGAUGUACAUAAACUUCUUGUCCUUGUACGUGGAGGACAUGAAGAAGAGGCUGCCGGGAAGAAGAGAGUCAAACGCUGACCGCAUGAGAGCUAACCUCAUGGCGUUGGGCAAACUGGCCUUCAAAGAGCUCGAGAAGGGCCACCUGAUCUUCUACGAGAGCGACCUCAUCCUCAACGGUAUAGAUGUCACGCAGGCGUCCAUGUUCUCGGGGGUCUACACGCAGAUCUUCAACGAGGAGCUGACACUGUGCAAGGAGAAAAUGUUCUGCUUUGUGCACCUGAGCGUCCAGGAAUUCUUUGCUGCGCUGUACGUCAACCUCACGUUCAACAACGACAACAUCAACGUCCUGGUCAAGAAGUCGUCCGCCUCGAGACGUUUCCCGUUCAGAGACUCAUCCGAGCUCAUCCUCUACAAAGAAGCAGUGGAAAAGGCUUUGCGCUGCGAAAAUGGACAUUUCGACAUCUUUCUGCGCUUCCUUCUGGGCCUGUCUCUGGAAUCCAACCAGGCUCUGUUGAAACAUCUAAUGACCAGAAACAGAACCAACCCGAGGACAAGAACAGAGGUCAUUAAGCACAUAAAGGACAGGAUCAGGGCAAAUCCAUCCCCAGACAGAUGCCUCAAUCUCUUUCACUGUCUGAACGAGCUGAACGACCACUCUCUCGUGGAGGAGAUUCAGAGCUACCUGAGCUCGGGCAGUCUUAACAAGGCCAAGCUGUCACCUGCCCAGUGGGCCACUCUGGUCUUUGUAUUACUGACAUCAGAAGAAGAGCUGGAUGUGUUUGAACUCAGCAACUACACCAGAUCAGAGGAAGGUCUUCUGAGGCUGCUGCCUGUCGUGAAAACAGCCCGAGUGGCAAAUCUAAAUGCAUGUAAUCUCACUGUGACCUGCUGUGAAGACCUGGCAAAUGGCAUCAAAGCAUCCCAAGUUAGAGAGCUGGACCUGGGUAACAACAACCUGACAGAUGCAGGAAUGAUACUGCUCUCUGAUGGAUUAAAGAACAGCAAACUGGAGACACUCAGACUGAAGAGCUGCAACCUAACAGAGCACAGCUCCGAUGCCCUGGCCUCAGUUAUCAGCUCAGCCUCCUGCCAGCUGAAAGUAUUGGACCUCUCUGACAAUGACUUUCAGGACGUGGGAAUCAAAAAGCUCUCCGGUGGACUGGGGAGUCCUGACAGUAAACUGGAAAUACUCAUUUUGGUCCUGUGCAGAGUGACAGAGGAAGGCUGCACGUUCCUGGCAUCGGCUUUGAACUCAUCCUCUCUGAGAGAGCUCGACCUGAGCUACAACCACCCAGGAAACUCUGGCCUGCAGCUGCUGUCUGCUCUGCAGGACGACCCACAAUGCAGCCUGCAGAAGCUCAGUGUGGAGCAGUGUGGUGAAUCCAGGAUUCAGCCAGGUCCAAGGAAAUACACCCAAAAACUUACCCUGGACCCAAACACAGCACACAGAGACCUUUCUCUGUCGGAGGGAAACAGGAAAGCGACACGUUGGACCAAGCAGCCAUAUCCUGAUCACAUGGAAAGGUUUGAUUUCAGGAGACAGGUGUUGUGCAGGGAGAGGCUGACUGGGCGCUGCUACUGGGAGACAGAAUGGAGUGGGAGAUCUUUCAUAGGAGUAGCCUACAGAAGGAUGUGCAGGAAGGGAGAGGGUCACGAAGGCUGGUUAGGCAGAAAUGACUCUUCCUGGGGACUGAACUGCACCAAAGAUGGCUACAUGGCCUGGCACGCAGGCACGAGCACUGCUGUAACCGUGCCACCCAGCUCCAAUAAAGUAGGAGUGUAUCUGGACUGGCCAGCGGGGAGGCUGUCCUUCUUCAGGGUCUCCUGUGGUGCACUGACCCUCCUCCACACCUUCCACACCACCUUCACUGAGCCCGUCUACCCGGGCUUUCAGCUCGGCUGGGUGGACUGCACAGUGUACCUGUGCUAGAUAUUACCUGGACAUAGAGUAGUGACACUGAGGACAUGCCACACCAUUUAGUAUUUUCAUUCUCCCUGCUCUUGAGCUUUAAAACUUCAUUAAAGGGUUGGUUUAUCUACAUAACAAAUGAACAUGUUUUCACCUCUAGUUGUAUUUUUCCACCUGAAGAACAUAUCCACACUUCUACACCCCUGUUGUUUAAGUCACAAUGUAAAACACAUUUUUAGAUUAGCCUUUCCUGGUGCUUUUUUAAUCUGUCCAUAAUGAAUGCAUUCUUUUAUCUGUGUAUAUAUCUCAUUGCCAUUGUUGUUGCCAUCUUUUUAUUAACUUUGUUAUGUAUUGACUGUCUCUCUAUCUGGUUUUGUAAAGUGUCCUUGGUUAACUUAAAAGGCGCUUUUAAAUAAAAUGUCUUAAUUAUCAUCAUCUAGCCAUGCAGAUAGUUUUGGGUUUAUUUUGCCAGGCUUUGAGAUAUCGAUCUCUCAGACCAACUAAUAAUGGAUUUUUUAAAGCUGAAACUAAUACUGAUAAAAAUACAAAGAUAUACUUUA